UAUUGGGAGAUUUUACAUGUCGGAGUCCCCAUUACACCAGUCUACCUUGAUUGUUUAAUACAGUAUCACAUUCACAAAGGAGUAUUUUGAACUCUCGCCAGUAUUUAAACGAGGUGGUUUUUUUUCUCGUUUACUAAGUAAGUAAAGUAAGAAUUAGGCCUAUUUACAUGACCAUUGUCAACCAAGCAGGAGUGGUGGGCGGGCCAGGGCCUGCCAGGUAGAGAAAAUGAAUUCCCUAAGAUUAUUUUACACCAUCAUUAUGUUUGUGGCAGUCAAAGAAGUAGAGUGUGAGGUGAAAACAAUAUAUUUUUGUCCUGAACAGAGUGCAACAAUAUAUUGCAAUGUUACCAGUGAUUUCACCAAAUUAUAUUGGAAAAACUCUACAGAUUAUGUUGUAGCAUCACAGACUGUUAAUAAUUGCAAAAUUACCAAAAAAAGUCCAAAUAAAACAUACUCCUCAUCUGACCGAUUUGAAGUCCAAGGAUUAUCAUUGAAAAUAGCAUUUCCAAAGGAUGGUGAACAAUUCUAUUGUGAUGUUGUAUCGAGGAAAAAAGAAAUAAAACAGCAUUUUACUCUAGACGAGUACAGUGAACCUUAUCCUGAUGAUGUGUGCAGUUCACCAAAAGACACUAACAAAACAAAAAGCAGGCAGUUAAGAAGCGGUGGAACCAACAAAAUUACCCGGGAAAUCAAUGAAACAAACUUUGUAUGCAUAAAUGGAAGAACUGUUUUAAAAUGUGAUAACGGGCAACACGAUAGGCCUAUCGCAGAGUACUGGGAAGAUAGAUAUGGCAAAUUGAUUGUGUCUAAUGUGGAUGGGAGACUAUCAAAUACGUCCGAUGCCAGAUAUGUAUUUAACCAUAUGAAUUCCACAUUGUUAGUCCAAAAUCUAUCAGAAUGGGAUCAUCUAUUUGUUUGCAAAACUGUCUACAAAAAUGAAGAUAUCAUAAAAUGUUUCAAUUUACAGGAAUAUGGUACACCAAAAGACAGCUUUUUUGAGGGAUUUGAAAACAAUAAAUGUGAAGUAGAUGCAAAUGAAAAUGGCCAGGUCAUUGUACCAUUCACGGUGGCUUGUUUCAGUCCAGUGAAUGCAGUAACUGUAGUUUGUGAACUGAAUGGAGAGUGUAAUGAUACAAACCCGCAGUAUAAUGUAACCGAUGACGGGAAAUUUAAUUCACAAAUUUGUAUAGAUAGGAAAAUCGAAGUGAAUAAAAAUUUGACAUGCACAUUGACUGGUCCUGCUAUGUGUAACCAUUCUCAAGAAUUUGUUUGUCACUUCAAGUUCAAGGAAAACAGUUCAAGCAGUAUCAGAAAUUUAGUUAUUGCUAUUUUGUGUCCUAUUGUGGGUCUUCUUGUGAUUGUAUUUGUGUACUUACGUUGUUGUCAAAAAGAGGAAGAGGAACAUAGCAAAUCACAAGUUAAGAUGCCAUCUGAGAUUCCCCCCAUCCAAUACAUCACAAGCUCCGACCAAGUAACAAUAACUGCACCUCAGGAGGUCACUUAAUUGAGGCAUGUCGUGGUGAAAUGGUUAAGUUGUCGCACAGACCAGUACUGAGUAAAUGAGCUAUAAAAAAUGGGAGCUCAAAAAAUUUCCUGAAAAUCCAAAUUUGUUUUCCACUAUUAUGGAUCAACAGUUUAAUGUCUUAUUAAUCAUGUCCCAAAGUAUUAGUUCUGGAAAAGUUCAUCAAAUUGUUUAUUUAACGUUAUUUUGAUAUUUAAUUGUAUUUAACAAUGCACAAAUAACUUCAGAAGGCAAUACUGUACUCAAAAUUAUGUUUAUCUUGGCUAUAAGAGUGCUGUACAUUCACUUACCAAUAACUUGGGCUUGAAAUUUCCAAUUUUAAUGAAUGACCCCCCGUUUUAAAGAUUCCUCUUUUGUCUUUCAUCUUUUGUGAUCUGUUGGGCUUUGUCCCCUCCCUUGUCGUUAUUUUAAGGACGUGACCCUAGAGAGUUUCAUUUAUAUUUUCCUUUUAUUAUUUUUGUAACAUGUUCUUGUUGGUUCUGAAUAAAACUGAUUAUAUAUAUAUACUCAGGUAUCUUAAAAUAUGGAUAUUUUAGAGGAGUCUUGAAUUGGUGGGUGCAUUGUACUAUCUUCACUCCUUUAAUCCCGACAUGUCUUCAACAUGGGGAUUUCUAAUUGUCAACAUGGUCUUGUCAAAUUGAUCCUGCAUAACUUCUCCUUGGCUGUGUUCUCCACCACAGGACACAGAAUCUUGAUGAGAGGGAACCAGCUCCUCAUAUUGAUGUCAUUUUCAUUGAUUGGAGAGGUGUAUUUUAUCUAAUUUGAUAUGCUUCUUUCUAAAAUGUGCAAUUCAAUGCUAUUAACUUUUCGUUUUAUAUUUAAUCUAACUUUUAGUAGAUUUUUAACUGUUAACUUAAUUCAAUCUUAUAUAUAUUUUAUCUACACUUUUUAAUGUUUUAAAACCAUUAAAAAGUAAUCGUUUAAUGUGCAAUGUAUAAAUGCCAAGGUCAACUUUUUAAUUAUGAUGCAAUAUAUUAUUACUAUUACUAAAACUCUAUACGGCUAUGUUUGCUCUAUGCUCUAUGUUAUAAUGUAACAAUACCUUAGAAUAACUCUGUACAAUAUUUAUAUUCUUCUAACUUUUAUGAGCUUUGUCAGUUGUGGAGACUGCAUACACUUUUUAAUGUUACAUAUUCUUCAUCAAUACCUCCACACCAAAGUUCAUCGUCGUAAUUUUGUUACCGUCAAUCCCGCGUUUCCGAUCUCUGUAUUUGUUAUGAUAUCACUAAGAUUGAUAUAAUCAAAUUUUCUCCAUUUCUAUCAUAUUGAUAGUGGACUAGAAUUACUGUUGUUGGUUUUACUAACAUGUUUAAGGGCAAAUUUAGACAACACUGGGUUGAAAUUUUUCAUAUUUAGUGUUAUUAUUGUACUUUGUAUACUAGGCUCCUAAGCCUCAACUAGUGGAGUAAAUAUGCUCAAACAAACUGACACCAUUCAAAUAAUUUAAUUCUCGAACUCUAAAUAAUAUGGUAAUAAAGAGGGCUUAAUUCCCACGUUUGCCAUCAUUACUAUGUUUGCCAUUCAUCACUACAACUGAAAUCAACAAUAAAUUCACCACAAAUAGAUGAGAUAGUAAAAAAUGAUUAUGUCUGAUUCUAUUUAAUUUGUUAUUAAUAAUAAGCCUGAAAAAAUGAAAAGAGAGAAAGUAUAUAUUGUAGUUUAAAAUGUCAACUGUUCAUAGUAGGGCCUAUCAAAUAGGGCCUAGGCUUAAAUUAAAUGACCAAUCAGAACGUGUUAUUUUUUUUUUCUUGUAUUGCAUUUUACGAGAAGUACCAAUACUGAGUAUGAUGGUAUGGCUACAUGAUGAAUAUGUAACAUUAAAAAGUGUAUGCAGUCUCCACAACCAAGUUCGUCAUCGUAAUUUUUGUUACCGUCAAUCCCACGUUUCCAAUCUUUGUAUUUGUUAUAAUAUCACUACGAUAGAAAUAAUCAAAUUUUCUCCAUUUCUAUCAUAUUUACAGUGGACUAGAAUUACUGUCGUUGGUUUUACUAACAUGUUUA